AUGGAUUUUCCUUACAAUCUACCACUACUCCUAGGAAAGCAAAUAAAGGUAUUGAAAGUGCAUUACAGGAAAAUAAAGUUUGCUUCGUGGGAGGUUUUUGGUUUGGUGUUUGAACCCUUUGAAUGUAGUCUUGAGCUUCGUAUUUAUAGGAGUCCUGGAGGGACAAUCGAGGCCGAAAAGACCUGCGUGGUGGAGCUUGAUCAGGGCAAGUGGGUAGUCAAAUCGGCAUUUGGGAUCGUGAAGCAUGGUGGUGUGACCCCCAUAAAUCCUGGUUGGUCGGCGCAUUUAAUGAGCAACCACGUCUUGCAGGCCAUCAUUGCCCAAACUUGCGCGAGCCGUCAUUUCGUCUCGUUAAAUGAAACGACGGCUUCUGGGCUUCCGACACGUCAUCGCGCACGCGAGCACACUGUCAGACAGUUACAAUCCUCAAACGCCCAAACUCUGCCGAACCAUUUCAUCAAUCCAUCAACCCUUCUAAAACCCCAAAUCUCAGCACUCCAUCUCGUUGAACUCUUCACCCCUUUUUCUGAGUGCUCGGUUCCCUCCAUUCUAACCUACUCUGAUGGCCCCCCUGUAGCUUUUCCAAAACCGAGGUUGAGCCAUAUUCGCCGAUCCUCGCAUCGUGGCCUGAUCCAGAUGGUUUUUCCUCUCCUGCUGUCCACCAACUAUCCUUCGUCUUGGAAAGUCGACGUGGGCCAAGGCCAUGGUGUGGCCAAGAUUCUUUCCGGUCCCUGGGGGAGGAUGACCUUCCUCCUUAUGAGGCUGUGGAGAAACUGUAAUGCGAUUGAUGAAGAUGGGAGGGCCUGGUAUGAUGAUUACAACUUGGCCACGUCUGUUUGGCUUAGCACCUCGGUUGCACCCAUGGUCGGAGUGACGGUCCUGGCUUCACCCAGCCACAGUUGUGCCCAGAAUGACGGCCCUGGCCAUGACCGGAGUGACGGCCCUGAUUGCAACCCGGUUUCACCCAUGCCCAGAGUGACGGCCUCGCCCAUGGUCAGAAUGACGGCCCUGACUUUAGCCGGCUACACCCGUGUCCUGAGUGACGGCCUCGGCCAUGGCCUGGGUGACGGCCUUGGCCUCAACCCGGUUUCACCCAUGUCCAGAGUGACGGCCUAG